AUGUCAACCCUGCAACCAGUCUCUCGUCGUAGAGUUAAAGCUCGGACUGGCUGCCUCCGGUGCAAGCAGAGACGAAUCAAGUGUGACGAAACGGUACCGGCGUGUACCCAAUGUACGCGGAAGAACUUUGACUGUCCGGGGUACAGACGACCCUUGAAGUGGUCCUCCAAGUAUGAGGUGGAAAUGGCCAUCGCGCACUCACCCACCGAGCUGCAAGAGACCAUGGAAACAUUGCAAGCACAUUUCAUUCAGUCGAGAAGGUCAAACGACUCCAUAGUCAAUGCUCAUCGAGCUGAAGCCGCUCACCGAACCCAAGCUGACACCGAGUCACCAUUCUGCAUUGAUGAAGACAAUAUCUCCACUCUAUCGACCAGAGGGAGUCCCACUACCAGCGAGCUAAUGAGGUUGGCCAACCUACGUCAGGUCUACACAACUCUGGAAGAUGACGACACAGCUCUGCUACGCCACUAUUUCUCCAAGGUCUGUCCAGUGAACUCCUGUUUUGACUCGCACAAGAACUUCUUCCGCAUGGAGCUCGGAGCCCUGAUAAGCUCUCGUCCACUGAUCCACUCCUGUGUCCUGGCCAUGUCAGCCGCUCAUCUCACCCCAAUACGAGGUGAUAUGGUGACCACCUUGACCCACCGAUCAACAGCACUAGCCUGUCUGAAAGCGGAGAUAGAGGCAGUGUCUACCCUGCGUCGGAGAGAGAGCGCAUCGUCACUGGAUAGGACCGUCGAGAUGCUUCUUGGUAGCAUACUUUUGGGAAUGACUGAGGUAAUGACUUCCUUCGUCCACACUCAACCGUUGGACGCAACCGCCUACUUAGCGGGCGAUGAGCCGCCCACCAUCUACGUCAACCCCUGGACCGGCAUUUGUACGCGAUUGUUUGCCUGCCUGGCUAAGAUCGGCACCCUGACAAGACACCGGUCUCUGCUUCGUCAGAUGUCUGUCGCCGCCCCCUCAGCGAGUGGGUGGGAGCAAGCCAGCACCGAGAUGAUCGUACACGCUCGACGCGUUGAAACCACGCUCCUCCGCUACCAAGUCCCUGGGCAGGAGCAGAUAGAAGACCCAGUGGAUGCAAGAACUCCUGUCGACCACCUGCAACGACUGGCCCGGAUUUAUCAACAGAUAAGCCUCCUCCAACUGUACAUGACCUUCCCCGACCUCCAUGCGGGGUCGAAGGACGAAACGCUGCUGCAUGGCCAGGCUUCGUGGGCAUCGAGUCGGACCCACCGUAUUCUAACCCUGGCCACGAAUGUUCUGGCCGCUAUCGGAGUCCUUCCCACCACCUCCGGCGUCUACUGCCUGCUCACGAUACCGCUGAUUAUUGCCGGGAGCGCUCUGCAGAUUCCUGUGUGCCCUGCCCCGCAGCCACACGAGACUGGUCAACCCUCACCAGAUAUCCUGAGCUCCACCCUGCAGGAAGAUGCCUAUCUCUUCUGGCGGAACUUUGUGCGUGAGCGCAUCGAGACCACCCACCGAAUCAUUGGCGUUGCCGCCAUCCCCCGGGCGCAGGAGAUUCUGGACCGGGUCUGGUUCCUGUCCGAUGUACGGAGGGUUGCAGACGAGCCUGGUGGGGAUUUCGAGUACGUCCAGUGGACGGAAGUGAUGGCUGCCGAGCGAUUGGAGACAAUCUUUGGCUAG